AUGUUUGACUUUAUUUUUUUAACGUAUAUUAUGAUCGGUCAAGCCUCCUGCAAUGUUAGUAGUACUCAAAAUACAACGACCGCUUUAAACUUAUCUAGCCAAUGGAUGUUUGAUCAUAGGUCCAUACCAACUACCAGCAACAUGUUGAAUUUUGCUUGCCCUUGUUCAAAAAUCUAUCAUCCUUUGUGUGCAACGAAUAAUAAGUCAUAUUACAACCCUUGUUAUAUGAUAUGCGAUAAUGGAAUCAACAGUUCUAUCACAAUUAAGUACCUUGGGAAGUGCUUACAAUUU